UAUAAUACCAUUAUCAGGCAUGGCUCAUAGAAGAUUAUUCUCAAAUACAGCUCAUACACCAGGCGAGAAGGAUUUUAAUGGCUUAAAAGUAGAAAGCUCAAAUUUAGACUGCUCUGACUUGCUCACAUCCUCCCCCUUCAACACUCUUCACUUAGAAGACGACAAGAUGCGCCAACCAAAAGAGUUUCUUUCUGAACCACCUAUUUUUAAAGGGAUGAAAGAAAUGCUCAAGAAUUACUGAAAUAACGUUGUCUCUAAAUUAAAUGAUCCUGAAGUAAUUAUCAUGAAGAAAAGCAAGUACCAAGAACAACAGAAAGAAAUAGUCAAAAAGUUUAAAACAAAACAAAUGAAUUUAAUAGCUAGAAUCAAAGAACUGGAGGAAGCUUCUCCAGAACAAGGUAAAGAGCCACAGACCAAAAAGGUCCAAAACCAGAAUGAAAUAAAAUUCUUACUUGUCUUAAAAGAGAAGAUCAAGAUCCUACACACAGCUCUUAAGAAAGAAAAGGAGGAGAAAGCUAAGCUCUCCAACAAGUUGGUAAAGGCUCAAACCAAGAUUGAUAGUGAACGUGAUUCAAGGUCUUCCUUCUUGAACACUCACAAUCCCUUUAACUUUCAUGAAGAGAGGACCAGAGGGUACACAAUGUUGCAGAGAUCACGAGGAAAUAGUAUGAUAUGCUCCAAAGAGGAGGAUCUAAAUAACAGUCUAAGAAAAUCCUUCGAUGAUACCCACUCCAGGCUUGAUGAAAAGUACGGGGAGAAGUUCUGGCAGAACCAGGUGCAAAGAGUUAUCAAACAGAAUCAGAACUAUUCUAUGCUAUACAACACUAAGAAAAAGCUUACUGAUAAAGAGAAAUGAGAGAUCAAAUCUGAGAAUGAAAAACUUAAAAUUGAAAACAAAGACCUCAAAGCAGAAAUUCAAAAAUGCUCAGAGGAGCUCAAGUUGUCUAAAGCCAAGAUAAAACAGCUGGAAAUGAAUUCUGGUCAGUCCAAAGGGAAGAUCAUUAUGAAGCCCAAGAAGAGACUUCAAGCUCCAACGCAAAAGAAAAGUAAGCAAGAUCAGAAUACGCCCGAACAGAAGGGUAACAUACCUGCAUCUAAAGUCAUUACUGAGCCGAGUCAAGAGGGAAAACAGGACAUUCCUCCAUCAAGGAUGACCUUUUCAGGAGGGAGUAGGGGUACUUUCCAAAAGAAUUCAUCUGAGAACACCAGUAGUCAAGAUAACGGAGCUCCUGUGACUAUCAAGCCAAAGGUGAAUAACACCAGUAGUAUUAAAGCACCUUUGAAGAACUUUGGGAAAAAGUCAGAAACUAAGAAAAAUGAUGGUAAAAAGUCAGAAAAGUCACCUCUUAAGGAAAGGAAGUUGAAGGGUCGCCAUACUGCAAAAAGAUCCUUGGCGAAUAUCCCUACUAAAGGGGAUAAGAUCAUAAAUAUAGAGACCAUAGAACCGGCUGAUGACAUAGUUACUAGGAAAAGUGAGAACAAUUUUAUCAAACUAGAAGAGCUAAAGGAGAAUGACCCUGAACUUACUCCUAACUCAAACUUGGAGCUUGAUAGUGAUGAGGCUAAGAAAGGCUACAAUACUGCUCGAAAUCAACCCAAUACACGGAUAGAGAUAAUCAAUAAAAAGCAGAAGAAGGCGAAAGAUACGAUAGGGAAUAAGUUGAAGAAAGCAUUUGGCAUGAAGAAGCCAAGCCAACAGAAAGAGGCCAAAUCUUUAGCAUGCUCCUUUGUAGGGAGUAAUACAAAGCCUAAAAUUAAGACCAAAGUCAACCAGACUUUGGUUGAUUAUAAUGGAACUAAAUCCGUGAAGAAGGUCAAGCAGAAGAAUACCCAAUCUUUCCUCACUCGACCUCAGUCAACUUUGAAACAGCCAAAAACUUCGCCCAAAAAGAACCGUGGGCAUGCCAAAGUAUCAGAUUUAAUGGACAGCGAUGAUGAUAGCUCUUGAAAUUAUGCUACUGCAAACCCAGUCAGGAGUAGCUUCGAUCUGCAAUUGACCAAUCCCAAACAAGCCAAAAAUAAACUAAGACAACCACAAACUUCUCGUUUAAAAGCCCGGGGGAAUCUGAGCACAUAUCAAGGAUUUGAUGAAGACAUGUCGAGUUCAGGAGUGCCUAAGCUGAACCAGUCAGUGUACAAGAAGAGUGCACAAAAAUUGAUUCAGCCCAAAAACAAGAUGUCUUUCAUCGGAGGCCUCAAGAAGCCAUCAUAGCUCAUUUUAUGACUAAUUUUUUAAAUAUUGGAUUUUUCUGAAAUCAGUACCC